UGCGGACGCGCGCACUGUACACCGCUACUCGCAGCACUCCUAGUCCGCAGUUGCGUUUAGUCUCCCAGCUGAAAGCAUCUCUGUGGUGCUGACGUUUUUCUUCACUUUACAGCCUGUUGUUUACUCUUUUUUCCUAACGUUUUUUUAUAUUGGAUAGCGGAUUCACACCUUGAAAAUAAACCGAAUCAACCAUGGUAGUGGAAGGCUGUACCAAGUGUAUCAAAUUCCUGCUGUUUUUCUUCAACUUUAUCUUUUGGCUGGCUGGAGGUGUUAUACUUGGUGUGGCUUUAUGGCUACGACAUGAUCAGCAGACCAGCUCCAUUCUUGGCCUGAAGUUGGAUGACAAUGAACCAGCUCCAAGCACGUUUUACAUCGGUGUCUACAUCCUAAUCGCUGUUGGUGCAGUUAUGAUGUUCGUUGGCUUCCUUGGCUGUUAUGGUGCCAUCCAGGAAUCACAGUGCCUCCUUGGAACGUUUUUUGCCUGUCUGGUAAUCUUAUUUGCUUGUGAAGUGGCUGCUGGAAUCUGGGGUUUCAUUAACAAAGACAAGGUUGCUUCAGAGUUGAAGACAUUCUACAACUCGGCUUAUACAAAAUCUGUGGAGCCACCCUUACUGUCCAGUCCAGAGGCCACAGAAAAGGCCAAGCAUGUUGUCAAAGUCUUCCAUGAAUCGCUGAACUGCUGUGGAGCGGAUGAAUUCUUCACCAAAGGCCUAUCAUUGCUUACUGGUGAAUGCAGUGGCAAGGCAAUUACACUUCCUAAUUGUCACACAAGGAUUGAUGAACUUUUUACAACAAAGCUAUAUAUUAUUGGCAUUGCCGCUUUAGUAGUCGCAGUAAUUAUGAUCUUUGAGAUGAUUUUCAGCAUGGUUCUGUGCUGCGGUAUUCGAAACAGCUCUGUAUACUAAUGUGAUGCAGGUUUUCAUCUUCAGUACAAAUACCAUGAAAAACACCUAAGAAUUUUUUGUGUUAUCAUUUUCAAAUAUUAUAAUUUGCUUGCUCAUAUAUUUACGUCUUAUAAUAUUUGUAGCUGUUUUUUUAUGUACAAAAAAGUUACCUUUUGAAGUGUUUCAUUUUAUGUUGACAAUUGGAUGUUGCCCACAACAGUGUGAUCCAUCAAACAAAGGAAUGCAUCAGAAGUAUACAGUAUAUUAAUUGAGAUAUCUAAAGUUAAAAAAAAUAAAACUUAAUUUUCUACUGAAUCUUAAUUCAGAAUAAUGCUCAUACUUCAGAAAUGAUCCAGCAGAGAUUGAUCUUCUGAUAGUCUUCCAAGCCCAAGGCAAACUGCAAACCCAUCUUAGAGGUUUUCAGACUAGUCUGCAUGCACCUCAUUAAUAAAGGUGUGGUGUCUGCACUCAAGUACUUUUAAAUUUAGGGCAGAGAUCAAGAAAGUUGUUAUCUACAGCAGUAGAGUCUUGCAGCUAGAUAUACUGCAGCCCUGUGAAUUAGCUGUUAUAUCCUUCCUAAAAGUCUUGUGUAGACAUGCCCACUGUGCUUGCUUUGUCGUAAAAGGAUUUACAUAGCAGAAAAUUAAUGUAGGUACUGUAUGUCAGUUUGAAAAUAAUCAAUUCAUGUAGCUUUUUCUGACUAAUUCAUUUUUAAGAUCAAGGGGAACAAAAACUCAUCCUGUUAGCAUCGGGUGAAAUCAGCAACCAGUACCAAACUAAGAUGCGUUUCCAUUGCAUGGCAACCCCUCUCAUCUUAGGUCUCCUUGGCUGGUUUGCUUCCAUUGUUGGUAUGUCUUUGAGAAGUCUGGGGAGAACCAGAAAACAUGGAAGCCUGUGCAGUUCCAUUGAACCUCCCAAGCAGUGACCAGUAGAGGAGCUAGACUAAUUGUCCUGGGUUUAUGAGGUUCCACUAUUUGUUAACCUAGAAAAUGUUUUAAUUGAUAACAAUUCUAGAAAAGCAAAUUUUAUUUUUUUUAACAUUGUCCAAGUGAAGGAAAGAACACUUACUCAUGGGUUGCAUUGUCAAUGAUCUGCCAAAAAUCUGUUGAAAAUAAGAUGGUAAUUGUGGCUUUGGGGUGAAAGUAAUUAAUAUUAAUAUUGUGACCCAUACAAUUUUUACUUUUUGUUGAAAAUUGUUACAUCCUGUGUAGGUAACUGAAAUGUUGAUAUUUAAAACAGCAGGCAAUUACUUUGGUAUUUUGUGCUUGCAAACCAAGCAGAGCCCAAACCUGUUGAACUUUCCCCACUUAGUCCAGAUUUUGAAGGUUUCACGUUUAUCAAGAUGGGCACUGGUGAUUUCCUGUGUUGUUGUUUGUGCAAACCAGGCAGUAGCAUUGUUUAAGUUACCCUAAAAUAAAUGAUUAAUGAUGUUUGGAAUCCAAUAAGUUGUUCUUUUCUAUGUAAAUGUUAUCAUUUCAAGUUUUUUGUUCUUAUGUAAAUAACAUGUUUGAUUUUGGAAUAUACCAAAAUUCCAAAGAAAUCACAAACAAUACAUUUCAUAUGUUUUUGGUGAUGCUUUUAAACUCAUGUCUUGUCUGACUUUAAAUUCAUUUCAAGUUAAAAUUAAUCUUGUAACAUGUACAGUUAUAUAAAACUAUAAAAGUUAAUGUGUUGAAAUGUUUAUCUAUAAAUAUAUAUAAUUUCCCUCUGGUACUCUUGUUAUUAAAAGGAACACAAGUGAGUCUUUAAAUUUGACACCUUUGCUAUUUGUCACUGUCAGUUUUAUUUUUUUUAUAUCUGUAUAAGAUCAAAUUAGGAGUGCCAGACACACUUUCUAGAGGUCUGCAGUAGCCACUGAAGGCGAUUUCAUGCUUGUUUCCUGUUUUCUCACUCUUCAAAGGCUGUGCUUGGCGCUAAUCUUAACACUUGCUCAUAUGCACUCAUUCUUAGCUUUCAUUAUUUUUUCUGUUCUCUUGAAACGCAGUGCAUCUUCUCCCUAGCUUCUGUUCAAGCAUUGUUGGUUUAUAAAGCAGACAGAAUGCAGAAUACUUACACAGAAACAUGUAACUAGACAGUUCAUUCUUUAGAAUGUGUACAUACCAGUGCUCUUCAUGGUUAGGCUACAUUUUUAGACAGCAUUUAGAGACUAAAUUCAUGAAUUUGUUAAAGCAGCACACAACAGUUUUAUGAGCUUAAGUUGGUCCUUUACAUGUGGGGAUAGAGAUUUAAGAAGCGUGAUUAAGUAAGGAGUGAAAUUCAUGAAAAACAUUUUACCAACAUCAUAUUAGGAUUUGAAAACCUGCAGAACCUUGGAUCCUCUAGGAACUGUGUUUGACAUCUUUAAUUUGUGCACAUACUGUAUUAGUGUUUCUGCAUGCUGGGCUUGAAAAUUUGCCUCUAAUUGAUGUUUACAGUUGCUUUUUCUCUGAGUGCAUCUCCUUACAUCUCCUUAUUAUCCCCAUCAUUGUGGAGAACUGCUUGUUCUCAUAUUACCGAAAUGUCUCUUGGCCUUUGCUUGGCUGUGAUCCCUCAGUGUAAUCACUGAGGUUCAGAAUUGAAAACACCUAAUAACUUAGGUUAGGGUGUAUGUGAUGUGCCAAGCAACUUUUAUCUCCUAGUAAUGGAGUAUCAUACUGUAAAAAUCACCUAUUUGCCUUUGGAAAGAAAACAUCAUUGUCUUCAAUGUUUCUCUAUAGCUUGAAUUAAGUGUAUUAUAUAGAAUAUACCAUUUAUUUAGGUUUUUGUGUUUUUCUUUUUAGGUUUUUGUGCAUAUUUGUGAGGUCUGUUUAGUUGUAUGUUUUUCUAGUAUAAUGACUUUUUACAAAUCUUUUAAAAAAAUCAGCAGGCGAGAUACACAAAAAUAAACUCUUUUGAGACUGUAUGCUGUUUUACUGCAUAUGUGCCUCCUUUAUCAAGAUUAUAUUGGGCAGAAGACUGGAUAUUUUGAUUUCAUAACUUAUUACAGUGGCCCACAUUACUUUAAUUGAAAACAUGAUAUUUUAUUCAAGUGCAUGCAUUUCUUUAAAAACCUUGCAAGUAUGACUCGAGUUCACAGAAUAAACAGGACAAGAUUGUAAUCUUUUGUCUAAUAUGACCUUGGACAGAUGCAUAUUUUCUUUUGUAUUCCUAGCAUAUAAAUGAAAGAAGUGAUGAAGGAAUGACUUUGUUUUUUAGGGUAGUGAAUGGUAACGGUGGAGUCCAGAGAUAAGAGAUCCUAAGUGACAAAAAUCUUCUUAAAUAUUGAAAGGUGAUUGUCUGCCACUUGUCUUUUUAGCCAGAGUAUGUCUGUACGGAGGGCGACAGAUUAACUGAGAACAAUAGCACUGGAUUCAUCUAGACUGUAACAUUUCAAUUUUCUAAAUAACUACUUUUGGAUGUUUUGUUAAGAUUCAGUGAAAUAUUUUAAUGGGGACAGAUUUGAUAUUUUUUUCUAACAAUGGAAAGUAAAAAGUAAAUGUGAAAGCUGUCAACUUUUUAUAAUUAGCUCUAUACUUUAUUAGAAUCUUUUUCAUUAAGAUUAGGCCAUUAAACACUGCAGUAAAUUGUAGCACUUUAGAAAUCAGUGUGACAAGAUGAUAGAUAGGGAAUUCUUGACAAAUAACACAACAGCCUCUGUGUGACCAGGGGCACAUGGCCAUCUAACCAUUUCUUGGUAUGUGAGAGACCUACAGCAUCUUGGACUGCACUGUGGUGUCUUUGUUGAGCUUUGCCUGUGCGCACCUUCAGAUAAAAAGUUUCUACAGUGGAAGUAAAACGUGGUGGAGAGUUGGCUUUGGAAAAAAAAAAAAAUCUUGGGACCUUGUUAUGCUUGUCAUCAGCACGUUACUGAAGAAUAUUGGUCUUGCAUUUUAUUGUAAUUGUUAAAGAUGCAUCAAUUUUUAAAUCUUCAAAAUCCAAUCCAGGGUCGUUGGGAUUUGUUAAAGUGUGCCUUUCAAACUGAGACUUUCGGUGUUUGGUCAGUGGUGUCUGGACUUAAAUAUUUUUCAUGUCAAAACCUUUUUCUAAAACAUUUGAGUCAGGGGGCACCUUCCAAAAAUGGCAUCGACAUGAUGAUUUAUCACUUAUUUGCUUGAAAAAGAUCAUUCUUUAGCUUGUAUUUCCAUAACACCAGUAAUUCAACACACAGUUGUUCCUUGGGAAAGCUAACACUGUAAAAAUAUUGUAAAAGCUAUAUUGGUCUGUUUUAAAGGAUAGCAUUUGCUGCUGUUGCACAGAAGUUGAACUUAAUUUGGUGCUGGGACAGCGAGUAUUGUUAAUGUGUAGCCACCCGGAAUAGGUUGUAUUCCAGACAUGUCUGUAAUCUAUAAAUUAUAUAAAUUUAAUUUCUGUACAUUUAAGACCAUAAUCCCAAUUCAAACCUAGAAAAAGGCCAAAUAAAAAACAAUGCUCUUUUCCAUCAAUGCGUAGAUGCUGCAGUGCAACUUAAACUCUGCUCUGCUCUGAGCCGAUCUGUUCCUCUGUAGGCUAAGUCAUACAAAUGGGUAAAACUGGCACCAGGCAGCAAAACUGAACAAGAAUAGGAGCCUGUAACACUAACUUGGGAACAGUUGUUCAGAGUGACUGGACUGGAUGCAUUCAGCAAAGCUUCAGAGGUGGUUACUGUAGAAAAACAAGAUGAUUCAAGUAUGGUGUCAGUGUAUGGAAAAGCUAGUGAGCAUGCACUUGCUUUAAAUUGCAGUUAAAGCUUAGGUUCGGUCUGAAGGAGUUUCACCACUCUUAGAUUUUUAGACUGGAGACUGUUAAACCUUAUUUCUUCAAUCAAAAUACCCUCUUUGGUGUUUUUCAACGUUCUGAAAAAAUCUCAGAACGUUUUCUUGUGUAAAUAAAUGCAUUGCAUCUUUUAUUUGUGUGUGAGGCAUGCACUGCCCCGAUACUAACCAUAAAGAAGCAAAGUCAGGGGUGCCACUUGAUAGGCGCGCACCUCAAAUCGGCCCAACUGUCUAGAUAGUACCAGAUAGCUCUGAAUUCCUUGUGUCCACUUUUUUUUUUUUUUGGCCUGCUUUCCUGUUCAAAACGAAUGUGCCUGCUAUAGCCUACUGCUUUAGAUUUCAUGUUUGCACACCUUGAGACCUUAUGUAUGGUUAUGCACUGUAACUGUUAAGGUGAGAUAUGUACUGUUGACAAUUUGUUCUUUUUUCAUUAGGUGUUAAAGCUAAGAAGUACAUUUCUGUAACAGAGUUACACAUUAUUUUCAAGUGAAAAUUCCAUUUGGCUAAAUAACCAGAGCUUUUAGUUGUUAAGUAAUAGACAUUGCUGUUAAGACAUUUUCAUUGUGGCAUGGUGUCUACUGUGUGUCAAAGCUCAGGAUUGCUGUCCACUGUAAUUUCCCUGGGACCUAUCAACACCAUGAUUGUAUUUUUUCUUUUUUGUCAAAUAUUGACUCAUUAUUUUUCAGAAUAUUAAUGUCAUGUUAAUAAAGAAAUAAAUCACUUCGAAGUUGUGCA